AUGCUCAUAGUAGGAAUGACUGGAAGUGGAAAGACUCGGUUCCUACUUAAUAUGUUAGAAACAGAGUACAAUAGAGUUUUCGAUUACAUUGUUAUUAUAUGUCCAACCAUAGAGUGGAAUAUGACUUACAUUAAUUGGACUCAUAUUAGUGAUCACGGAGUUAUACAAAUUCCAUGCUCACAAGAAAUGAUCGAUCUAGUUCUCAAGGCAGUGUCCACCAUAUUCCGCGGUACUCAAACUCUCAUCAUAGUGGACGAUUGUGCGGCAAGUCAAGAUGUAAAGAAAAGAGUCUCAGAACUGGUGCGCUUAGCAUUCUCCGCAAGACAUUACAACUUAUCUGUCAUUGUAAUUACCCAACAAUUGUCAUCAGUAGCAAAACCAUUCAGGGAGAACAUUUCCAGGCUAGUUACAUUUUACAACCCUAGUCGCAGAGAUAUGAAGGUGAUAACAGAUGAUUACCUAAGUGGUGUUCCUCAGGAGACAAUUACAGAGAUUACGAAGAUAUUAAAAGAUGAGAAGUUCACCGCACUGGACGUACUACUUAUUCACCCUUACACAUACACUGUUAAACUAAACACCGCGUAAAAUAUAGAUGAUGGGAACUGAAUCUGAGGAAGAAAUAUUUGAGGCUGUGAGAGAAGUAGAGGAGGCCGCAAAGGUGCCGCGGAAAAAAGCAAGAAAAACUAAGUCCACCACAGAUAAGUCGCAAACUGAACAUAAAAGAGACAAGCUUAUAGAGCUAUCGAGGGAUGGAGUAAUAGAGAAGUCCGCAAGUUUUAUAAGAAAGUCCAACAAGGAUGUUGUAGAUAGACUAUACCAAGAGUAUGAAAGUCAGAGAAUGUCAUGUGCAAGUGACUUCUUAUCAACACUUAUUAUUUCAAAGUUUGCUUCUGUACUAGGAAGUUUCGGUGCAGUGGAAUCUUCAGAAAAACU